AUGACCAGAGAUGCGAUGCCGUUUAGCAAGCAAGAGGCAAGUACUGAUAUGUUCAAGUGCGGAAAAUGCAAGCAAAGAAAAUGUACUUAUUACCAGAUGCAGACCCGGUCCGCACAUGAACCAUUAACGACCUUUGUCUCAUGCGUACAUUGCGGUAAUCAUUGGAGGUUUUGAGCUUUCACUUCUCGGUCCAAACAACCCAUCCGCUACCCCUUCUUCCCCUCAUACCCUCCAUUCCACCGCUUCAGUACAAAAGUUGAGAGAGCUUCGGUGAAAUUGAGACUACUUGUACGAGUAGAUAGGACGGGUGACAAAACAUGUAUCCCUGUAAACUUUGGGUUUUCUCAA